UGCAUUCCUUCGAUCUCCUCUAGAAUUGAAGUAUUCAAAACUUAAUUAACCAUGAUUGCCAUUCUCCAAAAGCCUACCUUGUUAUUAUUGAUUGCUUUUACAUUGAUGUUGACGUUCAUGGGAGAGCAAGCAGAAGCUGGGGGAAUAUUUCGACCCAGUCAAUGGGCUCUUGCUCAUGCCACCUUUUACGGUGAUGAGACUGCUUCUGCCACUAUGGGAGGAGCAUGCGGGUACGGAAAUUUGUUUCAAAAUGGUUACGGGACAGACACGGUUGCUUUAAGUUCGACGUUGUUCAACAACGGUUAUGCAUGCGGGACUUGUUUUCAGAUAAAAUGCUACCAAUCGAGUGCAUGUUACAAGAACGUGGCCUUCACCACUGUCACCGCCACCAAUCUUUGCCCUCCUAAUUGGUCCCAACCCUCCGAUAACGGAGGCUGGUGCAACCCACCACGUGUGCAUUUUGACAUGUCCAAGCCUGCAUUCAUGAAAAUUGCGCAGUGGAAGGCUGGCAUCGUCCCAGUUAUGUACCGCAGAGUGCCAUGCGUAAGGAGAGGAGGGCUACGAUUCAGUUUUCAAGGAAAUGGGUACUGGCUAUUGGUAUACGUGAUGAACGUGGGAGGUGGAGGAGAUAUUUCAAGCAUGUCGGUGAAAGGAAGCAGAAGCAGAUGGAUAAGCAUGAGCCAUAACUGGGGAGCGUCUUAUCAAGCAUUUGCAACUCUGGCUGGCCAAGCUCUUUCUUUCAGAAUCACUUCAUACAACACUAGAGAGACUAUCAUUGCAUGGAACGUUGCUCCUUCCAAUUGGAACGUGGGACUAACUUAUUCCACCACCGUUAACUUCCGUUAAAGAUAUAUAUAUAUAUAUAUCCCAAUUCCUAGCUUUUCCUUGUCUUUUAAAAACUGCUAUAACUUUUCUUAUAUGAAACUAUGUGAUUGUGUCAGCUGCAGCAGGUGCACUGCACAUAUUGCUAAGUGUAAAGAAUCUGUCACUUUUUGUUAGUUUGACAAGCUUUUAAACCUAUAUAUCCAGUGAAGUUCUUCUUUUCACAGCUGCAACUUUGCAAU